CUUGCUGAUUCGCAUUUCCACUUCCAUUCCCUUUCUCUCCACUUUGCUCCACUUGACUUCAUCUUUGUCUUCCAGUCUCCGCACUCACUGACAGAUCCUGGAUUUCCUUGUAGAGCUGGAGAAGGAACCACCCUGGCAUAAAACAAUGGCGCUAUGCACGCCAAGUAUGGAUCCCUCUAAAGCCAUCCCAACUGACGAGAAGGAGCCUGGCGAGGUUUCAGCCGGGUUGACGCCGCCCGCCGUCAACCUGAGGCUGACCCGAAGUUUGUCCAAGUCGGACUCGGACUUGUUGGCGCCGCCGCUCGGGGAAGACGACGGAGGUCAUACUGCUCGGAGCGGAUCCGUGUCCAAGUGCAAGCAGAGCCAGCCCUCCAAGGAGCGAAUGCCUUCCUUCGCCUCGGAGUGGGAUGAGAUUGAGAAGAUCAUGGACCUGAUCGGCGCCGGCAUCAGGACGUCAGAUAAGAAACAGGCGAGCUCAGAUGGGGCGUGCGGCAAAGCCCUGGACCAGCCGGUGGGCGAGUGGCUGGAACGAGCCGGGCUGCCGCAGUACGAGGGCAAGUUCCUGCUCAACGGCUUUGACGACCUGCGCUUCAUGGGAAGUAACGUGAUGGAAGACCAGGAUCUCCGAGACAUCGGGAUCACUGACCCAGGACACAGAAAAAAAAUCCUGCACGCGGCACGCGGACUGCCCAAGGUCAAAGCUCUGGGAUGUGACGGUAGCACAUCUCUGGCCUCGUGGCUAGACGGCCUGGGCCUGCACGAGUAUCUGCCCAAUUUCCUGUCCAGUGGCUACCGCACGUUGGAGUGUGUCAAGAACCUGUGGGAGCUGGAGAUCAUCAAUGUCAUCAGGGUGGGUCCACUGGGCCACAGGAAGCGGAUCAUCGCUUCUCUGGCCGAGAGACCUUACGAGGAGGCGCCCUCCAAGUCCAGACGGCUGUCUCCUAUCAUGUUCCAUGACCUCCUGUCCCAAAGCACUUGCCCUCUGGGCCAGAUGGACCCCUACACCAGUCGCUCUAUGGACAUGCUGCUGCCCCUGGCCGAGGCGGACCGGCGGCGGCGAGCGGAUCAGGACGGUAGCGUCUCUCUGCGUUCCUACUGUGAGCGGCCGCGCUCUGUCGACCGACACAGCGAGCGACACAAAGAGUCUCGUGUGAACCUGCGGCCGCCGAGCCACUCUGCUACCUACGCCACUGUGUCCGCUUGGCACCACCAGCCUGAGAAGCUCAUCCUGGACGCCUGCGGGUACGAGGCAACUUACUUAGGUUCAAUGAUAAUCAGGGAUCUACGGGGGAUCGAGUCCACACAAGAUGCCUGUGCUAAAAUUAGGAAGUCAAAGGAUUCUAGAAAGGGUCCUGUUGUUAUACUCUCCAUUACCUACAGGGGCGUCAAGUUUAUUGACGCAGCCACAAAGAUCAUAGUUGCAGAGCACGAGAUCCGAAACAUCUCCUGUGCUGCCCAGGACCCGGAUGACCUGUGCACGUUUGCCUACAUCACCAAGGACCUGAAAAGUGGCCACCAUUUCUGUCAUGUCUUCACCACGGUGGAGGUGACGCAGACGUACGAGAUCAUCCUAACUCUGGGCCAGGCUUUCGAGGUGGCCUACCAGAUGACCAUGCAGGCCAGACAGAGACACUUUAUCCCCCACUCGUCCCUGGGCUCCGAGGUCGUCGAGACCAAGAGCAGCCGACCCGCGUCGCAGGCGUGGAGCAGCAUGAGGCGAUCAGCAGGUGCCCCCGCGCUCGAAUGCCGCUGCUGUCACUGUCACACGUGCACCACCCACCGUCCUACCUUCCUCCCGUUGCACUCCGUUAGCCCCGGAGUUCAGAUCGACCCCCUGGAGACGGACGUCGACAUGCACUCCUUGGGCAGCACCUCCUGGAUUUUGGACCAGCACGACGCCAACAGGCGGCCCGUCAGCACCAAGUACGAGACCACCAUAUUCUGAGGCCCCGCCCGCCCGCCCUCUCUCUCUCUCUCUCUCCUAAUCAGACCCCCUCAACCCGUGCCCCCUUGCAUCCGGUUGGCAAUCCACGCACAGUUGGAGCCCCGUGCCUUCUCACUGUGACGGUGUAGCCACCCCUCAGGGCUGCCUCCUCCUGCACCUCCACGUUUUGUUUUUCUGCCCAGCAGCCUCCUACGAGGAUACCCCCCCCCCCUCUCCCCCUGACUGCGGCUGGGGAUGCCCCCUCCCUGGACUGAGCUCAUUUUUUUCCCUUGCAUUUCCAACCCCUUGAUAGAUCGCAGAGGUUGCUUAUUUGUAAAUUAUGUCAAAGCAAAGGAUUUUUCAUUUUUGGACUUUUUUUGUUUUGUUUUUCUUUGUCCGUGUGUAGCCUCUCUUGUCUUACCAGGCAUCUACCACUGUGAGACUAUGAGGAGGAAGAGGAUGCCAAACCAAUGAGCAGUUUUGUUUUUGUUGUUAUUUUCUAUGCAUUUGUACACACACACACACACACACACACACACACACACGCUGGAUGGGUCACUAACACACUUUGCUGCACUUUGAGGAGGUCGGCAGCCCGAUGUCAUGUCAUGGCCCCCCGUGAACACCACCCAAGACUGUACGCUUCCAACACACUUGAGUGAGAGACUGAGGGGGACGGGGGGGUUGUGGGGGUCUCUGCUCUGGCCUUGUAACUUGCCCUGUGCCUCUCAGCAUCACGGUAGCACCGAGAGACAAAACCAAGUAAAAAAAAAAAAAAGAACAAACACUGUGUUGACACAUGGCACUAUCCCUUUGAAUAUUUCAGCCGAGGCAUCCGUUUUGUGAUACUCUUUUGAUAGGCCGAGGCCGGCUAAAACAUCAUGUGAGACGAUUUUUGUAAAUGGAAUCCAAACAUCCCCUGAAAAAUUAUGGAGGGCCCGAGCACGCAUUUUCCCCGAAAUGAACAUCUCAUUAUCACGCUUAAAUGUGUGUGUCGCGUCACAUUUCAAGAGGAACCAAAUAAUUUGUUGUGUGUUGUGGUGAUAACGAAUGGAUUUGCUAUGCUGAGAUCCACACACACAAACACACAGCUUCAUUUUGUUUGAAAGAUGUCAUUGUGGCGACAACACACUUUUUGCCACCCCCGCCCACUGUCCCUGUGUGUGUUGGCAGACUGUUAAAGGUGAACUGUGCGUGUUUGUGUGGCACAGUAUCAACAGCUGCCUACUGGCCACCGUGUUCUGACUGUUAGCUUCCACUGGUGAUGCAUGAUUGCAAUGUUUUGUCGCUGUUUUGGUGCCUGUGGCAAGUCGGGCCGGUCUGUCUGCGUGUGUGUGUGUAUGGCGUCUCUCAUCCAGUUCCGUCCAUCGCCUCGGUUUGAACAUCCCCAGUCAGUCAGCCAGCCGCUUCCAUCCCACCGUCCGUCCAUCUUCAUCCCGCCGUCACGACGUCACGCAUCUUCACCUGUCUCGUGCGUCACCAUGGCAACCUGCUCGUAUGGCUACAAAGCAAGCAUUUAUUUAAGCCAGACGUUCAGAGCUUCGUAUACUACGUAUAAGCCUAACCUAAACCCAAAUACGGCUCCCAGGGUACCCAAGUCGAUGGACGCGGAUUUAUUGACACGUUCAUUUUGCGAGAUGGCGGAAGCUCACUGUUCGGCUUCCACUCGUCUCAGUUUUAGUUCUGAACAAGCUCUUCUUUGAGUUUCAAUUUUGAUUUCUAAGGCAGCAAAUACAGUGAUGCCUUGAGAUACUAUUCCAGCAAGAAAAAAAUACAAUGUGUUUUUUUUUUUUAUGAGAAAAUAUAUUUCAAGAAAUAUUCUAUGAAGUAAAAAUACAACUUGCUCCUCAUUCUAGUGUGUGUACCUUGGCCAACUGCAGGCACCAUAAGAUAACAGAGCCACAUAGAUGCUAAUUGUUAGUCCACGAGGCUGUCUGGACUUUUUUCAUUGUAUGUUAUCAUUAAGGUAGCAGAAGCUGUGUUUGUUUAUAUACAAUUAAUGGAUGGAUGUGUAAUUCUCAGUUUUAUCUUUGUUUUGCCAGUAAGUUACAGCUAAGAGUAGAAAUAAAUAGCUUGAAGCCUCUUUGUUGAAGAAUGUUUACGAAUUAUAUCUGCC